AUGGCGCCGAACGGUUCGGUCGCCCGAAGCUUAGCAUCAACGUCCCGUAUACCCCACCCGCCGAUCUUGUUCCCGCAUAGUCUUAAGCUGCAACGGCUCGGGUACGUUCCAGAAAUAAAGCAAAGAGAAAGUUGUCGGUGGAGUGGACGAAGUGUCGCUAGAGAGUUGAAGAAGACUUUUGAUGUGGGACGGCGCAAAUGGGAAGAAUAUGGCGUGCUAGCUGUAAGCAGUCGAGAGGGAACGGGUUGUCGUGAUGCACUGCUAUAUUUUGGGGAUGAUAUGGUUAGGAAGUUGUUUGUCUCCAUCGAAGUGAAGCAGACAGAUCCAUUUGGAAAAAACCCGGCUGCAAUCACUUGCUCCAUUGCCUUCCACCGACGUGCCAAGAGCAAAAUAUCAGGUGUUGACCCAUGGUCCUUGGUUGAAGCCUACUCCACUGCUCAACGGAGUAAUCUUGUUUACCUCCCAAAACAUUACCUUUACUUCUUUCUCCCCCCUCAACCUGCACCAAACACUUCCGCACCCUCAAACCCUCAACUCUUUCUUCAAUCUCUCUUUCACACACACCUACACACCUCAUUCACACAAAGUCAACGAAGAAAAGAGAAGCAAAUUUCAAAGAUGGGCGUCAUCAAAAAACAGCACAACAAAGCCAAGGCAGGGCGCACCAAGGCAACAGAGCGCACCAAAGCAGAGCGCAUCAAGGCAGAGCGCGCCGCGGCAAAGAGCGCCAUGGAAGAGAAACGCAAAGCCCUCAUCUCCAAAUGGCUCCAAGAGGCCCUGAAGCCGCUCACUCUGAUUCAAACCAGACGGCUGAAGCUCGAGCUGCAGAAGUGGCGCCAGGCCCGCGAGGAGGAUGUGAAGAUGAGGCGCGUCAUGCACGCACUGCGUUUGUUGGUCCGACUCCCUGACGUCUUGGCCGACGAGGUGUUGAAGGAGAAGGAGGACCGCGUCGAUGAGGACUUGCGCAAGUACCGCAUCAUGAGAGAUGGGACCAGGUUCUGGAGCGUGCUGGGCGAUCCGAUCGAGGGCGACCCUGAGGGUGAACCUGCUGCGAAAGAUGCGAAGGAGCUUUGGGAUGGCAUUGAGAGAGGGUCCACAAGUCAAUCCCGAGGACAAGUACUACCACCUUCUCUUCCCAAUGGGCCGCAGCUACCGGAGGAUGGAGCGGUUGUGAAAAUGAAGCCAACCUACUCCAGGACGAUAAGGAACCUGAGAAGUCGAUUGGGCACGGGCUUGAUUGGAAUCAUCACUCGAACGUUACGGGCUACAAUACAAAUUUUGGGCAUGUCAAUAUCAAGGAAAGGCCGGUGGAAAUUGUAAAGGAUGUAGCAUUUCUGCUGCAAAACAGUUAUCUGUUCGCAUGGCAGCCCUGAUGCUUGAGCCGCUGCUGAGCUCGAGAAUUCUAUAAUAGGAUGUGGUUGAUUCAGCCAUAAACUUCAUCACUCGUGUAAUCCGACAUAAGCUCGUGAGCCUAAGUUGCAACUAGCAUAAUAAGAGAAAGGAACGCCCAGUAAUCGAAUCUUGCAUCAAAAGUGAUCGUUCAAGUUGUGCAAGCUAAUGUCCUGGCUGGUGUGGAUGCGGACUUUGUCC